AUGAACAAAAUAGAGACCAAGAUAAUUGGGAAUAAAGUUGUGUUUCCUAAUGGAAAUGUGUAUCGGGAAAAGGUUACCACGCCUAGAGCUGAAGAUCUACUCUUUGUGGACGAGGCAGAAGAGGAAAAGUUAAACGAGAUAGAGGCGGUGACAAGUGAUCCUAUCUAUGAGGGCGGCAAUGUCUUCAAAGCGGUGGCUACAAAAGCGAGUACGUAUGCAGAGGUCAGACAGUUUUACAAAAAAGUUAUGAGUGACCCGAACUCCGCCAACGCGCACCAUUACGUCCUAGCAUAUCGGAUACAAGAUGCACAAGGGAACAUCCGCGAUGGAUACUGCGAUGAUGGAGAAUACGGCGCAGGUAGGAGAGUGGUCCGGCUUUUAGGAGAUCAGAGUGCCACCAACGUCGCAUUCGUUAUUUCAAGGAAAUCGGGAAAUCAUAUCGGACCAAGGCGCUUCGAUAUCAUAUGUGAUGCCGUGCUCAAUGCUGCCAAUAAACUCUGA